AUGGAGGGCUACGCGACCGGCGGCGUUUCCAGGGCAAAAUUCAUGAAACUCAGCGGCGAGGAGAUCCCUUGCACUGUGCCAGUGCUUUGCACUGUGCGGGAGGCAGCGUUGACAUUGCAGAAGUUCCUUCCAGGUGGAUCCCUGCGGUUGAUCACAGAGGCAGGGGAAGUCCUCUCUGGUAGUGAUGUCAUCCCUUCCGAAGGUGCUGUGCAGGUGCAAGUGAUGAGCAUUGCCGAAGGACAAUGGUCAUCACUCUACUGCGGCGCCUUCGAGGGCUUUGAUGAAGCCAAGCUGCGUGGGGCGCUGCAAGAGGCCUGGCCGGGUGACUGGCAGCGGAGACGGGCUGAACCUGAGCACCCAGGACAAGAUACGAUGGACGAGGAGCUGAAGGAAUGGCAGGAGCAGUGCAGAGAAGUAUUGCAGGAGGUUGUGCUGAAGUCUGCAGGUCCCUGGGCAGACUAUUGGACCUUUGGUCAUGCCGCCUGCAGCUACGGCUAUUGGUACGUUCGUCCGCCCUACCCCACAAGGGCUCCCAGCAUCGAUUUGAUGGUCAAUGACCUGAAGAGGUGGCAAAAGAUUGUUUUGGACUUGGAAGAUGAGUUCGCUCAUUUGCGGACUCGCUGCUCUGGCUUGGAGCUUGGUGAGCACCUGGAGAUGGCCAUUGCAUCCUUGCUCCGCCACUGUCCAGACCACCGGACAGAAGUCUACUGGCACGUCGGCUUUGAGAUGUGGUACGAACCAUUCGCAAUGCUGGUGAAGUGGUACUUGAGUUCGGCAGGCUUUGAGGAGUCACAACAAGACAUUUUGACAUUGGUGGACAAUGCCAUCACGGGCUUUAACAGCUAUCACACCCCGAAGGACACCGCAGCUCAAGUGGCUGCGAAGGUGGCCUCUGAGACGAAGGCGUUGUUUCAGGAGGUGGAUUCCACGAGGGACUGGGUCCAGGCACGGGAGUUGCUCAGCGAUGUGGAGACACCAAAAGAGCUGGCCGAAUUGUCAAGCUGUGAGGACCCACAUCUUCGCUUCAUCGAGACCGUGGACGAGCGCCGCGACGCCACACGUGCCGCGCGCAUGCGCUACGCGCUGGCACGCUGCCGCGAGGAUGCUUUGUCGGGGAAGGAAUUGGAGCUCAGUCUUUUAUUGACGUGGCAGCAUUGCAUCAUGGGCGAGAAGAACCAAGAUGCAUUUCGCGAGCACGACGCAUAUGCCAAGAAGGGCCGGGAGCGGUAUCCGAUGCUCCGGAAUACAGAAUCCGACUUUGUGCAUCUUCUCAGCGAGGCGUCCGCAGGCGAGUCGACCGGCAAGUCACUGGAGUCCGUGGCUUUGCGGGCGUGCCGGGCCUACUUGGACAUUCUUUUCUUCCAUCCCUUUGACGAUGGGCAGAGCCGUUUGGCACGUUUGGUCUUCGACUUCGUGUUGACCAGGGCGGGCUACACCGUGAGCCAACCUGAAAGGAUCUUCCUCUUCUCCAAGUCGGCCAAGGAUUCGGAAGGCGCCGUGAAGUUGGUCGAGCUCGUGAACCAGUUGAUCGUCAAACCCAAAGAGGACUGGUGCAGCCCCUUGCAGAAGUGGGUGGCCGAUCACCCACCUCCCGGACUUCAAUACAAGUCCAGAUGGCCGACGCAGCUGGGUGCCCUGCGUUUGCCGCACACUCGCCCCUUGGCGCCAGUGACACGCUUCCAACGCAUGGGCUGGACGCGCUGGCCGCAGCGCGCUCUGGCCACGUUGAGGGAUGUGUCGGUGCGGCGAUCGACGCAGAAGACCGAGGAGCAAAAGAGCUUAGCUUCGCAGAAGCCGACGGUGAGGCGACUCAUGGCCCUGUUGUGGCCGGACCAUGCACUGCUGGGCAUGGCUCUUUGCUUUUUGGUGGGAGCCGCUGUGUCCCAGGCCUUCCUUCCACACUGCUUGUCCGAGACGCUCAAGGCCAUCAUCGAUGGGCAAGCAUCUGGGCAGCUCGCAGUCUCCACGUUUACAGGCCCUUUGUCGAAUUUGCUGCUUGCAGCGAUCGCAGGAGCGUUCUUUUCCUCGCUGCGGGGUGCAUGCUUCAUCAUCAUCGGUGCAAGGGCUUCGGUGCGCUUGCGAAGGCAGCUCUUGGAAUCUCUUCUGAAGCAGGAAGUGGGCUUUUUCGAUACCACCAAGACGGGGGAGAUUACCUGGCGCCUCACCCAAGACUGUCAACGUGUGGCUGACCAAGUCUCCUUCAACGUAAACUUCUUCUCACGCACGGUGGUCGAGCUGGUGGCGACCUUGUGUUUUAUGCUGUCCUAUUCGACGGAGCUGACCAUGAUCUCCUUCGCCACGGUGCCGCUGGUGGCCGUUCUCUCGAACCGCGUGGGUCACUAUAUGCAGAAGCUUUCCGAAGAGACGCAACAAAAGCUUGCAGAUGCCAAUGCCGUAGCAGAGGAGGCUCUCUCUUCCAUCGCUACGGUGCGCACCUUCGGUGGGCAGAUCUAUGAGCAACGAAGGUUUCAGGAGAAUUUACAGAAGUUCUACCACUUGGAGAGCCGCCGAGCUAAGGUCUACAUUGGUUACCUCUUUGUGAUCAUGAUGUUACCGCACUUGUCCAAUUGCCUCGUGCUCUUCCAGAUUGGUCGUUUGUGUGUGCAGGGUUUGUCGGCACCUGUGCUGCUAGCGUUUGUGUUCUACUUGCAAACCUUGAAUGGUUGCUUCAAUUCAUUGGCAGACAUCUACACGAACAUCAUGCAAGCCCUGGGCUCUGCCACCCGAGUCUUUGAGUUGGUGCAUCGGACACCCAGGCAGCAGCUGCAAAACUUGGGCGGGGAAAUCCCCAAGGAGCUGGUGCGAGGGCAUAUCGAGCUGAAAGACGUCUCCUUUAGCUAUCCUGCACACCCUGAACGUCUGGUGCUGCAGAACUUAAGCUUGGAAUGCCCUCCUGGGAAAGCCAUCGCCUUAGUGGGCCCCAGUGGUGGCGGAAAAUCCACCUGUGUGGCCUUGAUCCAACGUCUCUAUGGACCUCACCAGGGACAUGUGCUGCUGGACCAGCGAGAUGUCUUGGAAUAUGGUGAAAACUACACGGAGCUGGUCUCUGCUGUAAGCCAAGAGCCCCUGCUCUUCGGGUGUAGUAUCCGGGAGAACAUCUUGUAUGGCCUACCGGACGACCAUCCGGCCCGGACGGACGCCUUGUCGCCGGACGUGGUCUCCGCCGCAUGCUUGGCGAACGCGCAUCACUUCAUUCAGCAAAUGGCCGAUGGCUAUGACUCCUGUGUAGGGGAGCGCGGAGUCCAGCUCAGUGGCGGCCAGAAGCAGCGGAUUGCCAUCGCCCGGGCUUUGGUGAGGAAGCCUCAGGUCUUACUGCUGGAUGAGGCGACCAGUGCGUUGGACGCCGAAAGCGAGCUCCAAGUGCAGAUGGCCAUCAACAACUUGGUGGCACACCAUGACAUGACCGUGGUGAUCGUGGCCCACCGGCUCUCCACCGUCAAGAAGGCCGACGUGAUCUACGUCAUCGAGAAUGGCCGCGUGGUGGAAGAAGGCAGCCACCAGCAGCUACUCUCGCUGGAUGGCCACUACCGCCGCCUUGUGGACAAACAGCUCCGCGCCUAG